AUGAACGGACUCACCCCAGUUAUAGUCGAACUCCUCCUGGUUGUCGUCACCGCAGCCUCAUUCAAUCUGGUGAUGACACCACCCCAUGCCGCCGUCCCAAAGGAUCAGUUUGCAAAGCAGACCCUAACUGACAAGACUGGAAGACUCCAAGCGAUCUUACAGAGGAUCUUCGUAGGCGGCGUCUCGUCGCUGCACGUCGCGACCAUCAUUUACUCGUACAGAAGUACUGAGACACACGUCGUUCACCCCAUCCCAAAGACGAUAAUCAUCGGUACCGUCAUAUGCCUAGCAUGUGCAUCCUUCCGAUUUUGGGCGUUCGCAACACUCGGUCGGUUCUUUGAUUUCCAAGUCAGAAUCCAAGAAGACCACAAGCUUGUCACUGGAGGGCCUUACUCAUAUGUCCGGCACCCAAGCUACACUGGAUUAUUCUUGAUGUAUAUCGGGGUCGUGAUGGAGGUGUUCUCUCCGGGGCACUGGCUGAGGGAUUACGGGCUUCAGAGUGUAAUAGGCCGAGGAGUGUGUUGUCUGUGGGGUUUGCAAACCCUUGUCUUGUUUGCUGGGCUCUGGAAGCGAUUGGAUCUGGAGGACGCAAUCCUCAGGCGUGAAUUUGGGAAGGAUUGGGAAGAUUGGGCUCGACGAGUGCCGUCCCGCCUGAUACCAGGGAUUUAUUAG